GAUUGACAAAGAUUACUUCUACGAAACUUACCAUUGGCUGGUCGUCAGUGAAUCAGACGACAUAUUCAACACUCUUCGACCACUCAAACUCAACAUCAACUCUGACUUUCACGUUGCCAUCGGAAAUGGAAAACGGAAUUUCACCAUUUUCGAUGUCUAUAAUCCAGCUUCUGAACACGGAGGAGAAUUGAAAAUCAAACAGCUGGGCUUUUAUAAUGAAAUGGAGGGCUAUAGGGCCAGAUACACGAGUAAUAAAUAUUGGUUGAGAAGGAAUAUGACCGGAGUCAAAUUCAAAUCGGCAGUAGUGAUACCGAACCUUCAGAAACCUCUCUUGGAAUAUUUGAACAGUGACGAUAAUCGGCAAAUUGAUUCAAUGCAUAGAUUCCAGAGCGUCACUGUAGAUCAUUGCAAGGAUAUUUAUAAUUUCAGUUUGAGGAUACAGAGAACGAAUUCUUGGGGAUACAUACAGCAAAAUGGGCGUUUCGACGGAUUGGUUAGUCUUUUGGAAAACAGACUCGUGGAUUUUGGAAGUUCACCGUUACUAUUCAAGUUAGAUAGAUUACCUUACGUAGACUACAGUUUUGGGAAUUGGAUUUUGAAAUCUACAUUCAUCUUCAGACGACCGAAGGUCGUAGCGAAAUCGUAUGAGAUAUUUCUCAGACCGUUAGAGGGAUCAGUUUGGAUCUGCAUUUCAGGAAUAUUGGUGGCGAUUUUGAUUUUCUUGCGAAUUAUAUUCUCCCACGAAUUACGAAUUUUUCGCCAGAAAUUCUCCUGUUUCGAAUCCUCGUGGAGUUUUCUGAUAUUGUUUACUCUUGGAGCUUUCUGUCAACAAGGUGCAACUUGUUAUCCGAAUCUUUACAGCAGCAGAAUCCUUUCUGUUUUUGUUUUUCUCUUUUGCAUACUUGUAUACCAAUUUUAUUCAGCGAGUAUCGUCUCCUAUUUGCUGAUGGAUCCACCAAGGACCAUAUUCAACUUGAACGAUUUGAUGAAAAGUCAUUUGCGUGUCGGUGUCGAAGAUAUUUUGAUUGAUAGGAACUAUUUUGUGCAAACGACCGAUCCGGAUGCCAUCGGUCUGUACGAAUCGAAAAUCAAAAAGGACUCGAACUCUUCGGGGUUCUAUCAGCCCGCCGAAGGCCUGGAAAUGGUAAGGAAAGGCGGUUUCGCUUUCCACGUGGAAACCAGCACGGCCUAUCCGAUCAUCGAAGCGACUUAUUCGAAUCAGGAUAUCUGUGAACUGGAUGAGGUACAGAUGUACAGGACGCAACCGAUGCAUACGAAUCUUCAGAAAAAUUCACCGUUCAGAGAAAUGAUGAAUUUUUGUAUGUUGAAACUGGUUGAAAAUGGAAAUAUGGAACGUUUGCGAAACCAUUGGAACGCCAGAAAACCGACUUGCAUAGAGUCAGCAAAAAAACAGGAAAUCCACGUCAGUCUUAGCGAAUUUUCUUGUUCACCUAUAGCUUUGAUUUCUGGAAUAAUAAUCUCAAUACUAUUCUUGAUCGUUGAGUUUAUAAGUUAUUUCAGGAAAGACAUUAGGAACUAUUUCAAGUUUGGAUUCAUAAAAAACUCUACAGUAUUUCCUUACUUAGAAUAAUUACUGUUGAGCUUUCCAGGAAUACUAACUCACAGAGAUCACGAGGCAAAUAUGGAAAAAAAUACGAAUCAAACAAAUCACAGUUCACAUAUUUUUUAUUUCUAGAAAAAAGUUUGGUAUUGUUUUAUCUAUUGCAAUCCACAGGAGUUACCAAAUUGAACUUAGUGCUUUCUUCAAUCAUAAGAGGAUUUUUCGAGGCUCCCAGUUCAACUGGAUGUAAAUUGUAUUAUAAGGAAUAUACCGAAAAAGUCAAGGUCUUAUUGAAUAAAAAUUACAUGCCUGCUAUAAAUAUUUCCUGAUGUGUCACCUAGUAUAGAAGCUUUUCACAUUAUUUAUUUGUAUUGAAAAAUAUAGAUUAUGUAUAAACAACACAUCCUCUUCAUUAUCUAGGAAAUACUGCUACCAUAUACCGGGUGUCAACGAAUCUAUUAGACAAGUCAUAACUCCUAGACCAUUAGGUGUAUCAAAAUGAGAUAUGGAAUAGGUAAAUGGUAUGUGAAGAGGAGAGUUUUCACAUAUUUUUCACUUUCCGGUCACUUCCGGUUUCGCCGGAAAUGGUUCCGGUUCUAAAUUUUUAAAUGGAACACCCUGUAUAUUGUAACAUUUUUGGAUUUUUGAGACAAUUCUAGAUCAGAAUGUGACAUUUUCGGAAGUUUUUAUUCCUACUUAAUUUUUUCGGAGUCACUUUUGAAAUUACAUCUAGAUGGUCAUGAUUUGAAGUAAACUGAUCUAAGGACCUCGGGUGAUAUCAGAAAAUUACAAUCGCGAAGUUUUAGUGACAAGUAUGAUAGAUAUGAAUAAGACAAGUUGGCAAAAUUACAUUUUCGUGUUUAACUAUUAUUUUUCUAAUGGCGACCAUUUUUGACAAGCACUUUCCGAAAAAAGGAUAUUUUGACGAAUCCAACGAUACUAAUUUAUUUGAGUUUGUUGAUCCGAUCGCAAAUAAAUUAGUAUCGUUUGAUUCGUCAAAAUAUCCUUUUUUCGGGAAGUGCUUACAAUUAAAUGAAUUAUCAUCCAUGGCACACUUGACAAAAAUAAAUGAAUUAUUAUGAAGUAUUUUCGUCAGUAAUAUUUGAUUUAUGUUCUUAUUUGUAAUCCAAUCGCAAAUAAAUUAGUAUCGUUAUAUUCGUCAGAAUAUCCUUUUUUCGGAAAGUGCUUGUCAAAAGAUGGUCGCCAUUUGAAAAAUAAUAGUCAGACACGAAAAUGUAAUUUUGCCAUCUUGUCUUAUUCAUAUCUAUCAUACUUGUCACUAAAACUUCGCGAUUGUAAUUUUCUGACAUCACCUGAGAUCCUUAGAUUAGUUUACUUCAAAUCAUGGCCAUCUAGAUGUAAUUUCAAAAGUGACUCCGAAAAAAUAAUUGAGUAGGCAUAAAAACUUUAGAAAAUGUCACAUUCUGAUCUAGAAUUGUCUCAGAAAUCCAAAAAUGUUACAAUAUACAGGGUGUUCCAUUUAAAAAUUUAAAACCGGUGCCAUUUCCGGUUAAACCGGAAGUGACCGGAAAGUGAAAAAUAUGUGAAAACUCUCCUCUUCACAUACCAUUUACCUAUACCAAAUAUCAUUUUGAUACACCCAAUGGUCUAGAAGUUAUGACUUGUCUAAUAGAUUCGUUGACACCCGGUAGACACUUAUUAAAUCUCAAUAAGUAACUAUACCUACUCUUGAAAUGUAUAGAGAAAACUCUUAAAUCUACAUAAAAUAGAGAUAGAAACAUUGAUAUAGAAAUAAUUUUUAAAUACGUCCUACCUUCCUAAGUGCAUUACAAGAAUAUCUUUCAAAUGGAAUUUUAUAAAUUAAAAAUGGCUGGAUUUUCGCUAAAACACAAAAAUAACAUACCUACACUUCUAUAUGACUUUCCAGACUGCAAAAACUUUUGUCGUCCUGUAUUUGUCAAUUCUUAGGAGAACUAUGCUCAGAAUUAUCCACUAAAGUAGCCCAACCAUAUAAUAUUUACUUUUCACCCAGAAAAAAACAAUGUACGGAAGUUGAAUGUUGCCAAGUUGUGAUGAAAAGUAGAAACGUUGAUUGAUAUAUUACGCUUAUAAUAUAUCAAUCAACGGUAGAAGACACAGUAGGUUAAACCUAUAUUUUUUCAUAUACGGGUGUGCGCUAAAAGGAGGUCAAUCCAUUAACCAUAUAUUCCUUGAACGAAAACAAUAUAAGUUUCUAAGUACCAUUUUUCAUUUUAGCCCUUCAUAUUCGAUACACAGGGUGUCAAACUUGGAAAUAAAAAACUGUUUUAUUUUAAUUACUCGCGUAUUUAAUGAGAUAUUUAUCUCAAAAUUGGUACAUUACUGCAGCACGAAGAGUUACAUCGUGUGAGGAAAACAAAACAGAGAAUAACUGUCAAAUAUUCAAAAUACUGGGGGUCGAGUACACACUUACCCCCAUAUUUUUUUUGUACGUGCGCUAAUGACUUCCUAUCUAUUUUUCUUCAAGUAUUUAAUCAUUUUUGAGUAUUUUUUGUCUCCUGUAAAAUUUCGAUAAAAUCAUUUGUUUUUGAUAAUUCGAAAAGUACUGGUUAUUGUUUGAUGCCUAUGCGGCUUACGGUAAUCUCAUAAUGUUCACAUACUCCUUUUUAUUGGAAGAGGGCGUAACUUCUUACGUAGGAAAAGGUAAAUAUGGGAAUACCGGUUGCUCAGAGCGAAUGUAUUAAAAUAAUUUUUGCACCGAAUUUUUUGAGAAAUUUUAAAAAUCGGUUUGAGUGGUUUUGGUGGCUGCGGAAUUGAAAAAAUAUUUUCGAGAACCCCCCCGUAUGGUAUGUCGGGCGCGAACGAACGGAAAAUAAAAUUGGAAAAAAUUUAAAGAACAUUUUUUCGGAAAUUUCAGGUGAAAUUAUGAUAUCCAUGAUUUGAAUAGAUACUUAAUGAAAGAAAAAGCAGAUCAGGAUUGUCUGGGGAUGUAUGAACGAUUUUGUGUAUAAGCCACAUAUUUUUUAAAGGCAAAGAUUUUCUUUAAUUAAAAUGUGUAUUCAAAAUAUUGGAGGUCAUAUCGAGCAAUUCAUUUAGACGUGUUGAAUUUCUACAAUUUUUUUUUUGUAAAAAUUAUUUCAAUACAUUCGCUCUGAGCACCCGGUAUUUCCAUAAUAUUUACCUUUUCGUACGUAAAAAUUAACGCCCUCUUCCAAUUUCGACGAAAUAAAUAGGAGUAUGUGAACAUUAUGAGAUUACCGUAAGCCGCAUAGGCAUCAAACAAUAACCAGUUCUUUUCGAAUCAUCUUAAAAACAUAUUAUGAUUUUAUCGAAAUUUUACAAGAGACAAGAAAUAUUCAAAAAUGAUUGAACACUUGAAGGAAAAUGAAUUGAAAGUCAUUAGCGCACGUACAAAAAAAAUAUGAGGGUAAGUGUGUACUUGACCCCCAGUAUUUGGAAUAUUUGACAGUUAUUUUUUGUUUUGUUUUCCUCACACGAUGUUACUCUUUGUGCUAUAGUAAUGUAGCAAUUUUGAGAUUAAUAUCUUAUUGAAUACGCGAGUAAUAAGAAAAAAACAGUUUUUAAUUUCCAAGUUUGACACCCUGUAUAUCGAAUAUAAAGGGCUGAAAUAAAAAAUGGUAUUCAUAAACUGAUAUUGUUUGUGUUCAUGGAAUAUAUGGUUAAUGGAUUGACCUCCUUUUAGCGGACACCCUGUAUAAUCACCAAUUUUAAAAUUCAUGAAGUGAAAUUGAAAUAUGUAUGAAUAUUAUUUCCCAAAAACAGAAAGAAUACCUAACUAGGCAAAGGACAAAAAUCUAGUCAUUUUCUGUAUGCAUUUCCUCGUCAUCUGAAACACUGUCGUCGCUGUGUCAAGUGGUGGUCUGUUUGUUUUUUUGCUUGUAAGCGAUCACAUAACGUUGGACGACAUAAUGGGGUGGGCUGUAGCCCUCUGGAUAUGUCUUGUCUUCGAAAAGAAGUUCAUAUUCGUCUGUGUGUGUGGCAGGCGGUUUGUUAACGAUGGCCUUGUAAAAACAUGUAGUUUGAGGAAAAAG